UCUCCCCCAGCCUCCUCCCUUCAGAGCCCGGAGUCCGUCCACAGCUGAGCAGCCGCCGUGUUUGUGUCUUUAAAGCGGCUCACCCGGUGCCUUGCUUUACACUGCGAUGUGGGCGUGGUAAAAAAAAAAAUCGCGUUGGAAACCCGGGGCAAAAGCAGUUUCCUGCCUUUUUGGAGCCCCAAACAGCUGGGUUGUUUUUUGGAAAGUGUCGCUGUGUGUGUGUGAGCGAGAUAGAGACAGGCACACAGACAGCGCGAGCCGGCCGUGGCCGUGGGUCUGCGCGAGCCUCUGGCGGCAGCUGUGAGCAGAACGGGCUGGGACGCGGCGCGCUCGGCGCCCCUCAGCCGCAGCAGGGAAGCUUCAAGCAGCGGCCCCGGGAGUCGGCUAGCUCGGGACGUGCUAAAAGGCGGCAGAGCCCCGGGACUGCUCAGAGCUUCACCCCGACGGUUCCCGGGGGCCGCUCCAGGCCUCCGACUGCGAGUGGAUCGUGACUGGUGAAUGCCCCUGGCCGGGGGCUACGGCAGAUACAGCCCCCCUCGGGUGCCUGGGCGAAGAUGAGCGGCGGCGGGGAGGUGGUGUGUGCCGGCUGGCUGAGGAAGUCACCCCCGGAGAAGAAGUUGAGGCGCUAUGCGUGGAAGAAACGUUGGUUCGUUCUUCGCAGUGGGAGGAUGAGUGGGGACCCAGACGUGCUGGAAUAUUACAAAAAUGACCAUUCCAAGAAGCCCUUGAGGGUCAUCAACCUCAGUUUCUGUGAGCAGGUGGAUGCAGGUCUGACCUUCAACAAGAAGGAACUUCAGGAAAGUUUUGUGUUUGACAUCAAGACCAGCGAUCGCACCUUUUACCUGGUAGCCGAGACAGAGGAAGAAAUGAACAAGUGGGUGCAGAGCAUCUGCCAGAUCUGUGGCUUCAACCAGUCGGAUGAGAAUGCAGACUCUCUGAGAAACCUUCCCUCUGUUGGUCAUGGUCCCCGCUCUUCCCCAGCAGAACUCAACAGCUCCAACCCACACCUGCUUCGAGAGCGCAAAUCCUCAGCUCCCUCGCAUUCCAGCCAGCCAACUUUGUUCACUUUUGAAGCCCCAGCAAACCACACGCAGACCACCUUGUCCACCAGUGCCCCCCAGGACUAUCUCUUUCUGCACCAGUGCAUAAGCCGAAGAGCAGAGAACACGAGGAGUGCCAGCUUCUCCCAGGGCACCAGGGCUUCCUUUUUCAUGAGGAGUGACACGGCUGUGCAGAAGCUUGCCCAGGGGAAUGGGCACUGCAUGAAUGGCGUCAGUGGCCAGGUGCACGGCUUCUACAGCCUGCCCAAGCCCAAUCGACACAACUCAGAGUUCCGGGAUAGCGCCUACGACCUCCCUCAGAGCCUGGCCUCCCACCCCACCAGCCACACCAAGGGCAGCCUCACCGGCUCCGAGACAGACAACGACGAGGUGUACACCUUCAAGACUCCCAACAAUACCCUGUGUAGGGAGUUUGGGGACCUCCUGCUGGACAACGUCGAUGCCCCCGGAACCCCACUCUCAGCCUACCAGAUCCCCAGGACGUUCACACUGGACAAGAACCAUAAUGCCCUGGCAGUAGGGCCCUCUGGGGACCCCUCGGUGGCUCCCCCACCUCGGCCCCCCAAGCCAGGCCAGGCAGAGACUCCCCGCUGGGGCAGCCCUCAGCCCCGGACCCAGAAUGGAGAGAGCAGCCGGGUGGUCUCCAUCGCGGCCACCAUCCCUCGACGUAACACUCUCCCAGCGGUGGACAACAGUCGUCUCCACCGAGCCUCUUCCUGUGAGACAUACGAGUAUCCACAAGGUGGCCAGUCUUCAGAGUCUGUCAAUGAUGGAUUUAACUCCUUUGUGACAGGGAAAGCCGCCAUAGGACAUACAGACAGCUCCAAUUCAGAAGAUAAUUAUGUGCCCAUGAACCCCGGGUCCUCCUCCCUGCUGGCCAUGGAGAGAGCUAAUGACAAUUCUCAGAGUGUCUACAUUCCCAUGAGCCCUGGGCCUCAUCACUUUGACCACCUCAGCUUCUCCUCUUCUGCUUUGCCUGUCCAUCGGGGGCCAGGGCGGGGGGGUGAGAUCCAACCUCCCCCCGUCAACCGAAAUCUCAAACCUGAUAGGAAAGCAAAGCCUACUCCUCUGGACUUGAGAAACAACACCGUCAUCGAUGAGCUUCCCUUUAAGUCUCCAGUCACAAAGUCUUGGUCUAGGGCAAUUCACACCUUCAAUGCUAGCUCUUCCCAGUCCUGCCGUCCUGUCUCUACCCAGAGCAUCACCAGCACCGAUUCAGGGGACAGCGAGGAGAAUUAUGUCCCCAUGCAAAAUCCUGUGUCAGCAUCCCCUGUUCCUAGUGGCACAAACAGUCCUGCUCCCAAGAAAAGUACAGGCAGUGUGGACUACUUAGCCUUGGAUUUCCAGCCAAGCUCACCCAGCCCCCACCGAAAGCCAUCUACAUCAUCCAUCACAUCAGAUGAAAAAGUGGAUUACGUGCAAGUGGACAAGGAGAAGACCCAGGCCUUGCAAAGCACCAUGCAAGAGUGGACAGAUGUCCGGCAGUCCUCAGAGCCCAGCAAAGCGGGCAAGCUGUGAAGGGCAGGGCAGGCCCUGAACCCAUGGAAGGGGUCUUCCUGUAGCCGACUUCUUCCUGCUUCCCUUCUUCCCUCCUUGGGGUCCCUGAACUGCUCCUUGGGCCCAGCCUUUUAGACUCUUUCUCCCGAGGCCAAAAUGGGGGAGGAAGUGCUUGAAGGGAUGGAUAAAGCUGUCUCUCUGGCCUCUGGGCACCAGCUCAGGACCACACCUUUGAGCAAUACUGAAAAUGCCCAGAAUCUACCUGCCCUUGCCUUUCUCCUUCCCAAGCUUUUUCUGAAAAGUCUCUGCCGCUGUCUCUAGCUCCCUCUCUCUAGGAUUUUCCUCUGAGCCAGGGUUGGCUGUCUUCCUGGGGAUCCGGAAUUCAGAGCCCCCAACUCACUCUGUCACAGCCUCCUGCUCCCUGACUUCCAGCCUCUCUCUCAGUCUUGACAUAAUAUGUUUAAGACUCUACCAGCCUGUCCCUAUAGGCUGGGGCACAUUUUCCAAGAGAGAAGAAAUGGGGACCCUUGGUUAGAGGUGGCUUUCUUGGUAGGGGACCCUUGCCUUCUCUGUUUGGGGAAUCCCCAGAAGCAGGGAGAUCCCCUUCCCCAGGUCCAGGGCCUGCCUGUCUUGGCCAAGGAGGCUGGUUCUAAGAAUAGAAAAAUCCCAGCACCAGGGAGCAGGGAUUUGGCUGAUGUUUGCAAUGUCCCACCUCCAGAGAAGCUGCUUCCAGCAACCCAGGAUGGGGAGAAGCAGAAUAGACUAAGGGGGGGGGACUAAAGAUCAAGACCAAGAUAUCAAGCACCUGGAUGCUGUGGACAUUAAAACUACAGACUUGUGAGCUUUGAUGAGUGUACCGAGGCUCCUGCUGGAAUGGAGAAUCCCUGCUCAGCAGGAAGCCGCACCUGUAGGCAUCUUGGGACUAUAGCUAACGGGGUUCCUUUGUACACUUUGGAGGAUGGGACUCUGGGGGAUGGAGUGGACAUACUGUAGGCAAGAGGACAGACCCAGCAUUUGGAUGUCUGUAGUAUUAGAAGGGAACUGGCUUCCCACUGGAGUGUGCAGCUGUGGGAGGGAGAAUGUAGUGAAGGGAAUGAGGCUGAUGAAAUGUAGGAAGGGGGUAAGGGAAGGAAAGCUUUUUGAGGUUAAUGAAGAAUCUGAGGUACUUUAUGGGAGUGGAUUAAUAUGGAUGGAGGGUAAUGUCACAUGCCCAGUUAAAAUGCACCAGGUGUGUUUUUGUUAAUGUUGUUGAUGUUAUGUGAAUGGGAGAAAUCCAUUGGGGAAAGGUCGUCAUGGAAGAAAUGCAGCAAAGGAGACAAUGGAUGUUACAUGGAGAAGAGGAAAUGUAGAUGGGACUGAUGUUGUGUAUGUAAGGGAGAUGUGGGGUUUGUAGGAGUAAUUCUGUACAGGGGAUCUGUACAGGUUUCAGAGAUUGGGAUGAAAUCUAUUUCAAGGUCAAAGCUGGAUAUUUUCCCUAUGUCCAUUCUCAGGAAAAGGCAAAAAUCCUCAAAACCAAGCCCAGAAUUUUUUUUUGGCAGGGGGGAAAAGGAAGUCUUCUGGAUACAUGUCAAAAAAUGAAAGAUCUUAAGAACAAGUCUGUGUUGCACGCAUGUACGAUGUGCCUCAGAUUGGGCCCAGGUGGGGUGGGGGAGGUAAUUAGUCUUCUCCAGGGGUCCACUUGGUUUGCAGCUGUGAUAGAACAGUGUUCUUACAGGGCUUAGGAGCCAGAGCUUUCUCUGAGAGGCAGAGAGAAUGGGUUACCUAGUGGUGAUGAUGAGUUACUCCUCAUAAACUCAAUUAUUUGUAAUUUUCAUAGGAUUUGUAGCUGGACAGGACCUUUGAGACCAUCUAGUCCAACCUCCUUACUUUACAGAUGGGAAAUCAAGGCCUAGAGAAGUUAACUGUCUCAAUAUUCCUCCUGAAGUCUGAGUGCUUUUCUUACUUGCCUACACAACUGUAUCUUUCAGGACUUCAGGAGAAUAGCCCAAGGGAUCCCCCAAAAGAUGAACACACACACACUUUUCCUCUCACACCUUCCUAUUGGCCAGGACACUAUGAAAUAAGGGCCAAAUCUAGUCGAGGAAAAGGAUUGAAAAAUAGGGGAGCCCAACACCUAACACCUCCAGGAUACCCAGCACCCCAGGGUAUUAGCUAAUUUGCAACAUACCUCCAAGGCUUCAGGUCCUUAAAUCAAGUACACAUUAUCCUUUUGUGCCUCAGUUCCCCCAUCACAAAAAUGGGGUAAAAGGAACCUACCUCGUUGGACUAGGGUUGAAGCUGAGUUGACUCUGAAUGGCCAUAUCGUGGCCUGUUACCUCUAGGUUACUCCUUUCCCUGUCUUACAGCGUCAGCCUGGGAGCCUGUGCUUAGGAAGGGCAGGGAAAGGCUCCUUCCUUGUUCUUAGCUCGUACAACUUUGUCAGAAAUGGAAGAGCCGAGGGUCCAUUGUCUGGGAGAAGAAAGCAGAAUUCUGCGUCACGAUGCCGAGAAACACUGGCCUCUUCUUUUUCCCUCCCCAAAUUAUUUUAAUAUGAAAGUGGAAAAAAAAAAAGCCAAAUGGCUAGUUGUUAAUCAGCUCUCAGUCCUAACUGUAUUUCCUGGUGGCUGCUCAGCUCUGAUUGUGAUUAAAGGUUGCGUUCUCCCAAACGUGUCUGGUACCCACUUUGAGAGGCCCCGAAUGGGGAAGCCCAGGAAAAUAAGGGAUUUAGACUCAGAGGCCUAAGGCCCUUCAGUUCAAACAUUCUGCCUGAGAUACUCUGCCAUAGCACUGGGUGGUAAAGGCAUGAGCUUUGCUGGUGCUAAGAGAAAAGAGCGAGCCUGUGACCAUUGUUUCACCCAAUAGAUAAGGAGGCUCCCUCCUGGGAGCACCUGUUCUGACUCUGAGACACACCAAGAAAGAGCAGCAAGCCUUCCACUAGAAGAACCUUUCUGCUUUAAAGAAAACAGCUGGGGACAGUAUUUAGGCUAUUUGGGCCUGAGCUGUAUUGAUGGCCUGAGAAAACUCCAUUGUCCCCCUCCAAGCCUUCACUUGAUGAACCAAGAAGUUGUCUUUCUCUUCUGAUUUCAGCGGCACCCCACAGCUACCAGAUUUGGAGUUUUGUGGCUACUCUUUCCUCUUCAACUUUCACCUCCUCCCCACUCCCACAAAUACACAGAAUGAGGGCUGGGCCUUGGGCCUUGCUUGACCUACUGGUGAAUCACCCUCAGGCUGGCCUUUGCUGUACAGCUCAAUGCAGAUUGCAGGAAUUUAUCCAGGGAUUUGGAUUUAGAAGAGACCAUUUUUUUUUUUUUUCUAUAAAAAGCAUCUUCCUUGCACCUAUUUCCCCUGGAAGGCCUUAUUUAUAAUGGGUAAUACAGAUGUUUAGGGAGAUGGAAUAUGUGAAUAGAGAGCCACAGUCCUAAGCUCUGGCCAUAUCAGCUACAGUCCUUGGGAUCAAGACAGAACAAUGAAAAAUGGCCAAGGGGUGGGAGUCAAGGAGUCAUCCCCUCUCCCACCCAGGAGUGGGGUGAGGGGAAUGGAGAAUUACAGUGAGCCCUCAAAAAGGCCAGCAGAAAGAUAGAAAAGUCCUUCUCUUCUUCCCCUGCUCCCUGCCCCUCCCUGGACUGGAUGAUCUCUAAGCUUCUGUUUGAUUUUGCUGUAACAUUCUUGGAUUCUACAAAGAGCAGGAAGGAUCCAAGAGAUCUGAAAGACCAUGACUUGUGGCUUUGGGGUAGGAUGGGGAUGACUGCAGAGGAACCUGUAGGAUUGUCACCUAGAGGGCCGUCCCAUAAAGACAUACCCAGUUCUGCACUCGUAUCUUUAUUGGUGUUGGUGUCUGUGUCUUGAAACUUAGAACCAUUUCCUGGGGUACAAAGGGGAAGGGAUAGUGGUCUUUGUGGAAAACCUUCCCUGAAUCCCCCUUCCAAAAAAGGAGGAGAAAUGGAUUGUAGUGCACUGUGUACCUGAGAUGUUAACUGUUGAAAAUGGACACGUUUCCUCAAAUCGCUGUUGGUGGCCAAUGGCCUAAAUUAUUAAUUUAUUCUUUUCCUUUAAAAGAAGAUGAAGAAACAGCAUUUGUAACAUGUAUUUAUCCUGUAAGUAGGUUUUGAGGUUGGGGGUGGGAGGGGGAGGAGGGUGGGAAAUGGGUUUAAUGUAGCUAAUGUUUCUGCCUUUGAUGAAAUAUGGUACAGGCCCGGUGAAAGUGAAUCCCCUUGUUAACUGCAGCAGGGCGAGAAUAAAGGCAGAGAGAAAUCUGA